AUGAUUCUGUCUUCUACCAACCUGGUUACUGGAAUCCCCAGUAGUAAAGUAAAAUUUUCAAGGCUUUCCAGCACAGAUGAUGACUACAUUGACCUUGAGUUUAAGAAAAACAUUCAUGGGGUCACAUAUGAGGCUAUUGCACUUGCUAUAGUGCUGUUUUUGAUUGACGUCUUUCUCAUCAUAGGCUGCCUCCUGCUAGCUGGCUAUCUCAAAAAAGGGUGGUGGGUGGCAGGGGCAGACCAGGGUCCUUCAGUCCUGAUCACUGGCAUCCUGGUGUUCCUGCCAGAAUUGUACCACCUGCAUAUCUCCUACUAUGCAUCCAAAGGCUACUGGGGUUACUCCUACCAAUGA